AUCCUCUGUGAGCCUCGCCUCCACAGCUGAUGAUGGCCAACGUUUCAGCUUUCAGCUAGCUGCCAACGCUACGGAACUUAGCAAGCUACUAGUGCUGUAACGUCGUUAUAAUGUUUACGAAUUGGUAGCUAAUCAUCAGAAGAAUGCGCCGUUGUAGAUAUUAGCAGACGUGUGUUGCGGAAUAUAAGCUAGCAAUGUAAAUCUUCCCAUGUACUUUACCGGCGUUGGAGUACUACGCUGAGUUCACUGCUAAUCACGUUAGCUAACUUGUGGUUUGACAGUGGAAAUAGAGAAGUCCAGCUAACCGGGCUAACAGCUAGCAGCUCUGUUUGGUUAGCUAGCGAUACUUUGUUGAGGCUUCACUGCGUUUGAUUGCUGAUGAUUUUCUUCAAGCGGUAUCAACCCCUGGAUCAGAGCUGGACCUGAACCUGAUGACACUGAUGAUGUUCUGGUGUUUACCUAAUGCAUCUUAUGACCACUCCUGGUCCAGUUAAACAGCCGUACAAUAUUACCCUGAAUCAAGACCACAUCUCUGCGUGACAACAGUAUGAGUAUUUACGCUGACCCCACCCAGUCAACUGGGACAAGAAUCCCUCCAAAUCAAGCUCUCCAUAUGAUAUGAUAGUAGCUGCCUGGAUCACUUUCUGUGCCUGCAGAAGCCUUGCACAGGUUCUGCUCUUCCUUUCCUCCUCAAACUCCUUCCCUAAUUUUUGGGAGACCCUUUCCACUGUGGUCUCCAGCACUGGAACCAUGGGAAACAGCUGUGUGUGCCGGGAGGACAGUGAUUUGGAGGACCACCACCAUGGGUCAACCAGAGCGACCCGAGGACAAACUAGGCGGGUGGAUCAUGGUACAAGCAUAGGUGUUGAUGCUGGAGAAGCUCGCAGCAGUCGGCCCAGGGACCCAGUCAGACCUCCACGCAGAGGGCGAGGGCCACAUGAGCCCAGAAGGAAGAAGCAAAAUGUUGAUGGCCUGGUGCUGGACACGUUGGCUGUCAUAAGGACACUUGUAGACAAUGACCAAGAGCCUCCUUACUCCAUGAUAACUUUACACGAGAUGGCAGAGACGGAUGAUGGCUGGUUGGAGGUGGUCCAGUCUCUCAUUCGAGUGAUCCCAUUAGACGAUCCUCUUGGCCCUGCAGUGAUAACUCUUCUCCUCGAUGAGUGUCCUCUCCCCACCAAGGACGCUCUCCAGAAACUCUCUGACAUGUUGAGUCUGAGUUCUGCUGUAGCACGACAAGAUGCUUUAAAUCCAGCUAAACAUCGAAACACCACAGCUGUCCUAGGAUGCCUUGCAGAGAAAUUAGCAGGACCUGCCAGUAUUGGCCUGUUGAGCCCAGGAACCCUUGAAUACCUUCUAGAGAGCCUGAGUUCUGAGGCCCACCCCACUGUCAUGCUGUUUGCACUCAUUGCCUUGGAGAAGUUCUCCCAGACCAGUGAGAACAAGUUGACAGUAUCAGAGUCUUGUAUCAGCAAUCGACUAGCUGUCCUAGAGUCAUGGGCAGAGCAUCCUGACUACCUGAAGAGGCAGGUUGGGUUCUGUUCACAGUGGAGCCUUGACAACCUGUUCCUAAAGGAGGGCCGUCAGUUCACGUACGAGAAGGUCAAUCUCACCAAUAUCAACGCCAUGCUCAACAGCAACGACGUCAGCGAGUACCUCAAGAUUUCACCAACUGGGCUGGAGGCACGAUGUGAUGCCUCGUCCUUCGAGAGCGUUCGCUGUACAUUCUGUGUGGAUUCAGGCGUCUGGUACUAUGAGGUAACGGUCAUCACAUCAGGAGUCAUGCAAAUCGGAUGGGCCACCAAGGACAGCAAGUUCCUCAACCAUGAGGGCUAUGGAAUAGGAGAUGAUGAAUAUUCGUGUGCGUAUGAUGGCUGCAGGCAGCUCAUCUGGUACAACGCUCGCAGUAAACCUCACUCUCACCCCUGUUGGAAAGAAGGAGAUGCCAUUGGUUUUCUGCUUGACCUCAGCAAGAAGCAGAUGAUCUUCUAUUUGAAUGGACAUCAGCUUCCACCUGAAAAACAGGUGUUCUCAUCAGCAACGUCUGGUUUCUUUGCGGCAGCCAGCUUUAUGUCAUACCAACAGUGUGAGUUUAACUUCGGGGCCAAGCCUUUCCGCCACCCACCUUCAGUCAAGUUCAGCACCUUCAACGACUUUGCGUCACUUCUACCCAGUGAAAAGAUCAUCCUACCCAGACACCGGCGUCUAGCCUUACUGAAGCAGGUUAGCAUCCGAGACAACUGCUGCACGCUGUGUUGUGAUGUCAUGGCCGACACAGAGCUGCGGCCCUGUGGACACGGUGGUAUAUGUAUGGAGUGUGCCUUACAGUUAGAGACGUGCCCCUUGUGCCGCCAGGACAUCCAGACCCGUGUCAGACUCAUUGCACAUGUCUCCUGACACAGUUCCAGCCCCACAUCCAAGCAGGAGAGACACAAAAGUCCUACAGCUUCCUCCUCCUCCUCUUCCUCUAAUCCCCUCUUGCCUACCAGGGCUGUGAGGAUGGUGCCACAACGUUGCGACGACGCUGGAACUGUGAGUUCUGGUCAGAGGAGGUGACGAUGGAGAGUUGAGAAGAACGACAGGAGAUAAGAGGAGAGGGGAACCGAACCACCCAUGGAUCUCCAGAGGCUUUUCCUCAUUUGCCUAACAUCUCCUCUUUUAUAUCCUUCUGACAACUCACUGCAGAAGCUGGGCCGUUAAUCGUCCGCUUUCUAUGAACAGUGUGUUUUUCAGACAAAAAGAGCAGAAGUGAAAAUCAAACAUGUCGCUGUCUUUACAGACACAACCAACUUAUAAUCUACAAUCCCCGAUGUAGAACUAUCAGACAUCCGAGGAUCCCACUGCGCUUUCAAUCAAGAGGCUACUACUCUUUGAUUCCAUCACAGUCAUGCACACGUCUGCUGAAAGGGCUGAGUAGCAAAAAGAGAAAAAAGCCAGUAGUACAGUAUUAAACCCAAGGUACAGAUAAAUUUGAAAUAUAUCCCACUUUCACAUUUUCUGGGUGUAGAUAUGCGGUUUCAUGGUGUUUUUGAGGUAGCUUUUCCAUUCACAUUUCUAAAUGUUGUAUCAACACCUAUUUGGUCAGUGUAAGUGUCGGCACUGAUGGAUCGUCCCCAGAUAGGGUGUCAUCGGAAGAAGACACCUGUUCGUAGGAGUUUACUCUUGGUCUCAGGCCACUAAAAGGUGACAGAAAGCUGGAAAAAUUGUGGGAAUAUUUCUCCAUGAUAGUUUUAUGAUCCUGUUUACAAAAGUAAAUGUUUAAGAAGAAAUUAUAUCACAAACAAGAAUGUAAAUGACAGGUCUUGUUUUACAAACAGUUAAAAAUAAAAUACUUGAAUCAAUUUAAAAACUUUAUGAACUGAUUUUCAGUAAGGCCGACUGUUCUGUUUGUUGUGGUUUAUUGUCUUUGUUCAGAUGUUGGUCUUUUCCUCAGUCUAAGCUAUGUUUAGAACAAUCACAGUCAAUAAAUAAAUACACAGGGAUUCAGAUUUAUGGAAAGCUUACGUGUAAAAGAAAUCAUACAUUUUUGCUUGGUUAUUUGAACAUCAGCAAAAUCUACAACUGAAUUUCCAGCACCUUUUAGAAUUUAUCUGAUAUUGCUUGAUUGACGAUACCAAAUUAGCAAACACUGUAGUCUGGCUUGACCACAGUCUAGCUCUUACGAGGAGCAGAAUGAGUGAAAGUAAGUCUUAAGGUUUAUUUUUGAUGGAAAAACCUCCCUCUUCUGUAUUAAGCUGGCCUCUUUGAAUCCACAAGAUGUGAUAUUAAUUUUUAUUAUAAAUUAUGGUGAAUAAUUUCAUGGAAAGUACAACAGGUUAUGUUGUUUGGCAGUGAUGUUCAGGUGAGUUUUUGAAAUCAAAUGUUAUAAAUGUUCAAGUGAAUCGUGUGUUUCUGGAUCUAAUUGGGCUUUGAAAUACUUGAUAUAAAUUAGCAAAGAAACCACCCUCAGCACAGUGGCGAGAGUGUUCUCAGUGGUUUAUUUACAUUUACAGAAUUUGUCUUGACUAAAGUUUACCAAAUUGUCAGUAUAGCUUCCAGAUUUCCAGUUAAGUGGGACCAAAUCGGCCGGACUAAUGUGUGGUUUCCCUCUCUAUACUCUAUAUAACAAUAUUGCACAUCUCUGCUCUCAUUUUGUCAUUGAUCCAAAUGUGUUACUCUGUCGUCAUAACAACCAUGAUGUUGUUCCUCUGUCCAUCAUCUACUUGAAGCAUCUCUGGGUUUGUCAAAUUCUGUCUAUAUUAUGGAAACAGGUGACAAAAUGAACACGAGAGAGACUGUAAUUCGAGACACAACCUAUUUGUACAACUUUGAGAAUCAAGCGUUUCAGAUUAUAACACUGAAUAAUUAAUGAUUUGUUUUGGUCUGAUUGUCUGACAGCAAUGACAGCAAUCCUAAAGAGUUUCUACUUCUCCAAAUUGCAUGAACUGGAUCUGUAAAAUCAUUCAGACUAUACUGGAGUGAUUUGUGAAGAUAAUGUGCAUCUUUCAGUAUGACAAAAUGACUGAUGUGGUCACUGUUUGCUAUCUUGUAUUUCCUGGAGCACCUUAAACGUACAGGUGAGAUAAGUUAUAAAAAUAUCUCUGUGGCGGGAGAUGAAGUUCAGGAUUGUAAAGAAAGACUUGUGAGCUGUAUUUAAAACAUCUAUAAAGGAAUUUUGCCCCAGAGUUCCCAAAGAUGUGAUUUAUUGAUCAAUUGUUGUUUCCUGGAUUGUGAUAUUUGUAAUAAAUGUACAAUAUGUUCAUGUGA